UUGUUGUAUUAUAUCUGUGGUAAAUAAAAUGAAGAUUUGCAAUGCUAUGACAGAAUUUGUUAUACAUUUUUUACGCUAAUAAAAUAACGAAAUUAAUUACAUUUUAUUGUAUUGUAACAUAAAUUUGUCAUGACAUCGUUUUCUAAGAGAUGAGUGUCUUCGGGGAUUUUCAACGCGUGUGGGUGCAACGUUUUCCAGAGAGUGCUUUACCAGCAGCUUGGGAAGAAGAUGUCAGGGCCAAUUUGGCUAAACACAAACAAAAAGUUGCUAUAUUAAGAGAAGAAUUGGAGAAAGAAGAGUUUUAUGUGGAGUAUUUAGAAACAUUAUUAUCAGAUGUCGAGAAACAUAAAGCCGUCGCACAAGGCAACCGGACGGCUCCGCCCUCGGGGGGUGACGUGAACGAUCUCGACGAUAAGGCUUCUGAUAGCAAGCAGGAGUCUAACUCAGAUUCGCUGAAGAAGAGUGAAGUAAGUCUUAACAGCAAUAAAAGUGAGGAUUCCACACCUGAAACAGCUGAGUGUGAACCCGUGCAGCUCAGAAAUAAACCAGUUCGUGUUACUGAGAGGAGUUCAGUGAAUCAAUGCAUCAAUGAAUUAUCAAAUCUUGCUGCAGAGGCGGCGCGGAGAAGAUGUAAUAGUGAAAUAGUCCAGAGAACUGACAUUAAUCAGGAUACUAAUGUAGCAGUAGAACAAACAAGUCCAAAUCAAGCCAAAAACCGUCCAACAUCACAAACUGGUGAUUUUGUAACAGUCAUCGAAGUAAAUGGUCUGAAAUUAGCAGCUUCAAAGAAGUCGGAAGAGUCCCAGCAAUCAUCAGAGGGCAGUCCUGUUGACCCUGUGGCGAUCGCUAAGAAGAAGGUCCCACCUAAGCCUCCACCAAAAGUGUUCAGUAAGCGUGGUGCUUCGCUGCCGGAGACUGGGCUCGCAGAGGACAGCCCGCCUUCCUCGCUGGGGCGUAGAAUCCGUAACGCGGAAUCACGCGAGUCCAUUGCUAGUAGAGCGUCGACGCCCUCCAUUAGUGAGAGAGUAAAAAGUUAUGAAUCCAUCAAUUCGUUAUCGUCGGAGCGUAAGCGUUCUGGUGGGGCGGCUACUCCUCGGUCCAUUGAUGAGGAAGCUACGUCCACUACGCCGGACUUGGGUGAAGGAACUGACGCAGACAAGUCGGCGCCACUAUCCUUGGAGAGUAUACCCGCGGCCGUGCCAGGCUCUGAAGACGAACCUUACUAUGACCAAGUGCCCGUUGACAUCAAUGAUGGGGAAUACGUUUAUAUACAAGCAGGCGGUACGGGUUCGAGUACCGAGGACGGGUCGAGCGGCGCGAGCACGCUGCCUCUGGGGGCGAGCGCUCCGAGCGGCCCCACUGCUCCCGCGCCGCCCACCGCGCCGCGAGCGCCCGACUCGCCGCCCUGCGCCACCGCGCCUAACUACGUCAACAUACACUACUUCAUACAGAAAGGCGGCGAUGGUACAGAAGGAAACGAAACGGUUUCCGACCUGGCAGAUUCCAGCGACACCCCUCUCUUACUGAGAACAAUAUCUUCAGAUACGGAGGCCAGUGCUACACCGCCGGCACUUAGGAAACUGCACACUCAGGAGUCGAGCAGCAACAAUGCGGAGGCAGAGCGGCUGACUAUGCACCGUUGCAUAAUAACAAGUAUCAUUGAGAGUGAAACCGUUUAUGUUGAAUGCCUUUAUGUUAUGGAGAAGUAUAUGAAUGCAAUCAAAGCGACACUGUCGACAUCGCAGCCAGUCAUCACAGAAGAAGAAUUUAACACAAUCUUCUACAAAAUAUCUGAGCUGCACGAGUUACAUAAGAACUUUCUAGAAGGACUGAAAGCAGCUGUCGCUAGUUGGGAAGAGCCUCUGUCUGUUGGAAUACAUUUCAAAAAAAUGGCUGAAAACAUAAACAUAUACGGCGCAUUCCUGCACAACUACGGUCGCGCGACGGACGCGGUGCGACGGCGAUGUUCCUCGUCGCAGAGCUUCGCGCAUCUCACGCGGCAGAUCUCGUGUCACGGACAACCGAUGUCCUUGGACGAUCUGCUGCAUAAGCCCGUCGCCAGGGUUCAGAAGAACGCACUAGUCUUGCAUGAUCUUAUAAAAUACACUCCAGCCAGUCACCCUGAUCACGCCAUGCUGACGGAAGCUCUAAACAUGACGCAGCAUUUCCUAGACGAAUUCAAUAUUAUUCAAACUAAAUCCAUGUUCCCUAAUGCCGACCGCGCCCAAAGAAGACUCGUCAAGAAUUCCUUUAUCGUGGAACUCUCAGAUGGACACAGAAAAUUAAGGCAUCUAUUUCUUUUCAAUGACGUCAUUGCCUGUGCCAAGUAUAAGGUAACUACGGCAUCAGGUCGUGACAAAUUCACGUUCGAGCUUAAAUGGUUCAUCCCUCUGCCGGACAUUGUGGUGGUAGAAGAUGAAAGUGUUGGCGCAAACGCGAACGAUGCGCGGGAGACUUCGCCCGCUAACAUUGUGGCGCUCAAGUCGCAGGCCUCCACUGUACGCGAUCAAAUACUCGCUGAGGAAAGGGCAGCGGCUGAUGAUAAGAAAAUCCGUAUCGGCGGUCGCGGCGCCGCAGAGAGGCAGCGCAAGAAGCUUGCGGAGCUCGAAGCGGCGCUGGUACUAGCGUCCCCCAACCUUACCUUCCGCGUCGGAGCCCGGGCACCAGGCUCAGCGAGCGCACUGCAGCGACAACACAUCUUCUUCUUGAGUUCCGAGUACGAGCGAACGCAGUGGAUCGACUCUAUACAUGCUCUACAGGCAUCAUCAGCACCACCAGCGGGUUCAAGCGCGAUCUCUAUGCUGGAACUGCAAGCGUGGGUGACAGCUUGCCGCAGCUACUUGCAGACAGACAUGGGCUCGUACCUCCUGCGCAGCGGCCGGGAUGACUCGCUGCUGCUCGGAGACCUGCAGCUGCAUGUCGGCGGCAUGACGGCGCCGCUUGAUACUGCUGCUGAUUACUACAUAGUGGUGGAAGUGGACUCUUACGGACACUACUUCCGCAAGGCGAAGUCGAAGCUAGUAUGUCGCAGUGCUCAGCCGCGGUGGAACGAGAGCUUUACGCUAGACCUGGAGGGAUCGCAGAAUUUGCGCCUGUUGCUGUAUGAAGAUGCCGCCAGGCCGGUGUUGCGAGGGAAAUGUACUAUCAAGCUAUCGCGCGAGUGGGUAGCGGAAAGCGCGGGCGGCGGCGUAGGACGUACGGUAUGCGUCGGCGGCGGGUCGCUGACGCUGCGCCUGCGCCUGCUGCCGCCCGAGCGGUCCGCGCGCCGCGUGCCCGCCGCCAAGCCCGGCGCACUCUUCGGCAACAAGAUCACGCACGUCGCCAAACGUGAGAAACGCAACAUUCCAUUCAUAAUAAGUGCGUGCGUCCGUGAGGUAGAGCGACGCGGCAUUCAUGAAGUUGGCAUAUAUCGCGUGUCCGGGAGCGCUUCCGACCUCAACAGACUCAAAAAGAGUUUCGAAACCAAUGCCUAUGAAGCUGAACAGCUGCUAAAAGAAGUGGAUAUACACUCAGUGACUGGCGUGUUGAAGUUAUAUUUGCGAGAGUUGCCAGAGGCCCUGUUCACGGAUGCUCUAUAUCCUGAAUUGCUGAAGGCGUGGGGAGCUACACAAGGCGCAGGGACGUCAGUGGACUCAGGACCGGCGCACACAAGACGCCACGCGCUGCUCAAAUGUUACGCACAAUUACCCGACCUCAACAAAAAUUGUAUCGACUUCCUUUUGAACCAUUUUGUUAAAGUGAACCAACACGAGGGCGAGAAUAAGAUGUCCCUACACAACUUGGCGACCGUGUUCGGUCCCACACUACUUCGGCCGGGAAGUGCGGGCGCGGGCAGCAAGCAACGCACGGAUCUACUUGCCGCCGGGACCGUGGAUGCCAUGGCACAGGCCGGUAUACUGUACUGCCUAUUGCAGCAACGACAACUGGCUGCCCAGCUGUCAAGUCACCAUCGCGCGCCCCAUUCGCUGCUAGACUAGUCCCACAAGCGUUUAGGCUUAUAGAGGAAAGGCAUUGCAGAAGAUUUGGCUUUUGGUCAGCGUCCCCUUAGAUGCUGUAGUAAUCCAGACGUCUACCAGGCAUCUCGCCAAGGGAUCUUCAAUACCAUGUCAGCUAAUUAUUCUUGAUACCAAGACGUCGUAUGUCGUAUUCGUACGUCAUUUUGUUAAAUAAAAUCUUCUGCCAUGCCGUCCCAAGGUCCCUUUACGCCUAACGAAUAUGAAGCCGUUCAGCUUAUAGUCAACCUACGCAAACGGUCAUGUAAGUUACUGUGGACGUACGUCCCGUAGAUAGUCUUUACAUUAAAAGUGGUUAAGUACUUCGACCCAUAACGGUUUCGUGGAAAGUCGACAUUCGAUGAAGUCUCUCCAUAUUUCAAGCUUUUAUUGAGAUAUAUAACACCACCCGCCUUUAUAUUUUAUCCCAGUAUUACAUUAUAUCCAUGUUUGCUAUUGCCUCAAAGUUCACUUUGGUGUUUACCAACAAUACCAUAUAAUAAGCAUGGAUGUUUUCGGGAGUUUUGUCUGAGUAUUUAUAAGGUCAAAACUGUGAAACCAAUAUAUAUAAACAAAGUUUUUUUGCAUUAUUGGUUUUAUGAAACUUGUUGCAAAUUAUGUUAACAUUUUAAAUACCUAGGUUUUACUGGUAUGAUGCACUUUGAUAAUGUUAAAUUCGAAUGUGGAACAACAAAAACAUUUUUCAAUAGAAUACAUUCCAUUAAUUACGACAACAGACUGAUAAAUAGAUGUAUCAUAGAAGAUAUAACAUUUACAAACAUUAGCAUGUAUUUAAAAUGAUGAAGAAGAAUGUAUGUAGAUAGGGUUGCCAGGCUUUUCAGUAUGUAUUUUUUUUUACAUCCUUGUGGCCAAUAACUUUUACUGCCAUUUGUCAGAAAAUCAGUCAAGGAAAGUCUGAUCUUAUAUUGCCAAUUAUUCAGUUAACAAUCAUAAAUAUUUCUUUGUAUACAAUAUGGUUGUCAUGGUUUCCUUAACAUGAGCUUGUGUGGUAGGAAACGUCCGAAACUUAUGAUGAACUAUGGAUUACCGGGAAUAGGGAGAACAUAACUGCACAAAUAAUAUGGACUAGAUAUGUUAUAGAGAAGUCUAGAAUACGAACUAUAGCAGCUUUUUAUCGACUGCUAAAGCACGAACUUUGCUGUAUUAAAUCUUUUUUCCCAUAUAAGGCUGAUUGUAUUGGUUGUUUUAGUAACAGCUGCAAUGUAGUUAUUUCUAUUCUAAAAAAAAUUACGAAAUGCGUAUUAAGUGACUAGCUUGUACAUUUUGAGUCCUGGCAAUCCUGUAAUUUGACAAGAUUUUUAUAUAAGUUUAUCGAGUCGUGUUUCAUUCAAUUGGUAUUUUUUAUAGCGGUUGUGACUUGUGCAGCUGACAUCGUCGCAAGGGUAGCAUGGCUUGUUUAAUACUAUCGAACGAAUUUGGGAGAAACGAUUGAAUCAGGAUAAAAUGAUUUGAUCAAGUAUUACGAAGAGGGACCGAAAUAAAUGUAAUAAUUUAUGGUAAUAAAAUCAUUAGCAUAAAUUGAUGAAGCAGACUGAUACUAAUGUAUUUGUGAGCGAUAGUGUUUACUUUUUACUUUUGAAAGACGACAAAUUAAUUUAAUAUGUGUUGCUGUUAUGUAUGGAUACAAAUGGGAAUUUACGACACAUGCACUUCAGGGGAGCCCUAUUUGAUGAAGUUCUCGCGCGUCUCCAGUGCAUGUUGUCGUUCUUAUCAAAUAUAUCUUUUACCAAAUUAUGUAAAUCUACUUUCAGUACAGUCACAAAAUUGAUCUAUUUAUAGGUAGGUACGCAAAAAUUUGGGAUUGACUAUUUUAUGCAGUACUAAAUGAACGUAAAAGCAGAUUAAAGAAAUGCUAUACAUUAUUAAAUAAUGGAAUGAAUAUAAGUUAAAAACCAGCAUCACAUAAUAAUUAUAUACAGAUUUUAUCCUGGCUAAAAUACUUUUGUUUGACCUUAGGUUCUUAGAUCUCUAAGACAAUGGUAUAUUGAAUACAACAAUAGUUGAACUAAAGAGGACUAUAGGAUACUUUCAUCUAUUUUAGCAUUUUUGUAUGCUAGUCGUGUGUAUGUUUUUUUUAUAUCAGCACCACUUUAGUAAUUUGAUAAAUAUCCCUUCAACAGAUUGUGGGUGUCACACAAAUGUCGAUUAUGAUGACUAGUUUAUAUAACUUAGGUGUUCUAUUUCACAAAUAGGCUUAGGUGAAAUGUGUUAUAUUAGUACUUAAAGUAAAAUUUACCAAAAAUAAAAAUUCUUAGAACAAUAUUAAUUUCAUGUAUUGAAA